AUGAAAUUCUUCUCUAUUCUCUCCCUCGCCGCCCUCGCAACCGCCAUCCCCACCCUCGUCCAACGCGACGCCCCCGCCGUCGUCGAUGCCGUCAACGCCAUCGCCACGCACAUGGUCACCCUCAACACGACCGUGACGGCCUACAACGGCGGCGCGCUCGGCACCCUGACCGCGCUCCAGAUCGAGUGCGAGAGCAUCAAGCUCAGCAACGCGCUCAAGGCCGCCAUCGCCACCACCCACGUCGCGGCCAACUUCACCAACGCCGAGUCGCUCACCGUCGUGGGCGCGUUCAUCGCCCUGCAGCCGCAGAUCUUCUCCACGCUGGACAACAUCGUGCGCAAGAAGCCGCAGUUCGACACCGGGUUGCUGGCGAUCGGGUCGUUGGCGUUCCUGGUCAAGGCGAAUCUGGUCCAGCAGAAAGAUCUGUCUGCGGGCCUUGGGGGGGAGGUCGCGGGGAAGUUGGCGCCGUUGUAUGCGGCGCUGGCGCCGAGGAUCAAUCAGGCCAUUGAGGAUGCGUUUGUCAAGGCGAUUGCGGCUUAUUCUUAA